AUGUGGAUAAAAUUAUGUAAAACUUUGUUUGAUUUUGAUGAAGACGUACUGAUUUGUAACACAUAUAUUGUACCUUCAAGUUCAAAUGUUAUUGACCAAGAUAAUUUUGAUUUUUAUGAAGAAAUUGAAUCUGAUAUAGAACGAUUUAAACAUAGAGGUAAAAUAUUAGUUUUAGGUGACCUAAAUUCUAGAACUUCGACAUGUAGCGAUUUGUUAGAUUUUGAUAGAUAUCUAAAUUUUGAAAAUUUUGAUACUUUUGAUAAUGUUUUUGACAUUCCAACUCGUAAUAAUUGUGACCACGUCAUUGACGCCCAAGGGCGACGUCUUAUUGAUUUAUGUAAAAAUACAUCUUUGGUCAUAGGUAAUGGCCGGUUGCACUUCGAUAAGCAUGGAGAGUAUACGUUCCAUUCAUUAAAUGGCUCUAGCACUGUUGAUUACCUUUUGCUCGAUAAACAAGACUUUAAGCUUAUAUCAUAUUUUGAAAUAGCUGAACCGAACGAAUUUUCUGACCACUCUGGUUUACAAUGUACUUUAAUGUCUAAACAAAUUUCAAAUACAUCCUCGUAUGAUGAUACUUCAAAUAAGCAAUAUAUAAAAUGGGAUCCUACAAAUGUGGAUGAUUUCUUAAAUAGGCUAGAUGAACAACAUCUACAAAAUGUCAUAUCGUCAAUUGAAAAUGAAGAAACUAAUAUAGAUAAUGUUGUCAAAGAGUUUGUUGAUAUAAUACGUAAGCACUCUUUUGAUGUGUUUGGCAAAACGAAAACGUUACACAAUAAAACAAAACCAAAUUGUAAUAAACAAAAAUGGUUUAAUCACGAAUGUUUUAAUGCACGUAAACAAUAUAAAAUUGAAAGAAAUAAGUUUCUCCGAAACAAAACUCUAGAAAAUAAACACAUAUUCUUAAGUGCUAAAAGUAACUAUAACAAGAUUAAAAAUAAAGCAAAAAAUGCAUAUAAAAAGCAAGAAAAAAUAGAGUUACAAAGAAUGGCCAAAGAAAAACCUAGGCAAUUCUGGAAAAAUAUUAAACGGCAAUACAAGAAAAAACCUACUGAGUCCGAAAAUCUAAAUAUAGAUGAUUUGUUUGAUCAUUUCCAAAAUUUAUACGGUGAAGUACCGGAAAUACACCAGGUAAAUGUUGAAAUUGAUCAAAUAUAUGACGAUUAUUUGGAUGGAGAAAUAAGCUAUGAUGAAAUAAAGUUUGCUGUUUUAUCACAAAAUAAUAAUAAAAGUAGUGGAAUAGAUGAAAUUUGCGCUGAAAUUUAUAAAUGUUCAUAUAAUAAGAUUGCAUUAGUAUUACACUCACUUUUUAACAGACUGUUUAAUAAAGGGGAGUACCCAGAAAUAUGGGGCAAGGGAAUUAUUGUACCAAUUUUUAAAGGAGGGAACAUAGAUGAUCCAAACAAAUAUAGGGGUAUAUGUCUUAUAAAUAUACUAGGAGAUGACAAAUGCUUGUUGCUAGAUGUCAUCAACAUGCUAGCACAAGAAUCAUACCUGGUCGAUAUAUCUACUGUUGGCUGGCAUCGCACCGCUAUUGUUUUGAUGUAG